GUUGUCUCCAUGGUGACGUUAGUUGCGCUUCUGCAGGCGCCGGUCCAGGGGCUGCUGCGGCCGGCCAUGUGGCUACCCUGCUUCCACCGUCUACACUCGCACACAGAAACGUGGCGGGUGGAUGUGGAGCCGGCGGGAUUUGUGAAAGCACUUCAGGAGACCGUCUGCGCCCUCAACGACCGGGGUGACUUUCGUGAGACGUUCGACAUCCAUAGGGUAAGUGCUGAUGGGGGGUUCGUGCGUCUGUUCGCGUUCACCCGCGCCGAGUGGCUGGACGUGGUGGAGGUCACCCGUACCAACAACGGAACUUACACGGUGACGUCAUUCUCCUCUGGUCUGUUUCCACUAAUCAUUCCAUUUGCCUGCAUUCUCAACUUGGCCAUGUUUUGGGUGCCGUUUCUGGACAAUGGCUGCAACAAGCGGCGGUUGCAGGAGGUCAGGUCGUCCCUCGCCAUUCCCGUCACUGUUGUGGACUAG